CUGAGGUGCAGAAGACAGGUUUGGAUUCAGAGAAAGAGGGAAAGAGAAACAGCUUUGGAACAGAAAGUCAUGGCACCUGCCAAAGUUAGGAGUUAAUAACAACACGCCUUUCCCUUAGGCUGAGAAAAAGGACCAGAGAACACAGAGAACUGUGCUAUAGCUGAUGUCUGAAAGCAUCGCUGAGAUGAUGACAGCCCUGUUUCGAGGCAGAAAGCCUCAAAAAUCUCAGGAAGCCUCCCCUAGAAAUCGGACACCUGCGGCCCACCUGCACGGUCCGUUGGAAGAUGAAGACGAUGAGGAAAGAUUACCUGAUCGAUCUCCAAUUCAUAGAAACUCACGUUUUUACAGCUCAAUGAGGAGACGAAAGUAUCAGACACAAAGCCACACCUCUACUACUCCAGGAAACUCCGCCCCCUCCAAUACACUUAGCCCCACUAGCACAAAUAAAUCGGCUCUGCAUCACAACGGAAGUACUGUAUCAGGAGUUGCUCGGUCUCGUUCUCCGUUGCCGACGCCGGGAGUCCGGUCGCGUAGACAAGACAUGGAAGAGCUGAGUGAACGGACGAGUACAGCCUGCACUGUGCAGGACAAUGACAUCCGCACCGCUGACCCUGACAACGUCAAACAGAGGCAAGUGAGGAAUGGUAGUCCGCACAAGAUGGCAGUGGAGAAUCCCUGCCGAAAUCUCAAGAUCACAAAGAGCGUCGAUGUUUUGUAUCAGGAAUAUCGUGACACUUCCAAACAGCAGGAGAUCGAGCAAAGGCGACAGAGAGAUGGGCUUCCGACUGCAGAAAUCGUGGCUGCGCCUGCAUUGCAGCUGCAGCUGAGGAACAACGCACAUUCGCUUAGUCUCUGGCAGAAUUUAGACGUGGUGAAGAACAGUGGACUAUUGCAAACACUGGAUACAAAAGAGGUCAUACUGCAGGAGGCCAUGUUUGAACUGGUGACCUCAGAAGCGUCGUACUACAAAAGUCUGGAGCUGUUAGAGACCCACUUUCUUCGCCACCCUCCUCUUGUCAACACCUUGAGUCAGUCAGACAUGCACUUCCUGUUUUCAAACAUUGAGGACAUCAUGAAGGCAAGCGAGAGGUUCCUCAUGGAUCUGGAGCACAGGAUCGAAGAGUCCAUCUUGAUCUCAGACGUGUGCGACAUUGUUCAUCAUCACGCCGCUAAACACUUCCAGGUCUUCAUCAGCUACGUCAUCAACCAGGUGUACCAGGAGCAGAACUACAGACGAAUACUACAAGAAAAUGCUAGUUUCCGGGAGAGUAUGUCCAGUCUGGAGACUCAUCCAAGAGUAAAGGGCCUUUCCUUCACCUCCUUCCUCAUUCUUCCCUUUCAGCGAAUCACACGCCUCAAACUGCUUGUUCAAAAUAUUCUCAAGAAAGUGGAGGAAAAUUCAGACAGAGAAAAAUCUGCAAUAUUGGCACAUCAAGAAUUGGAAAGGAUUGUGAAGGAGUGCAAUGAAGGCGUGAGGAAGAUGAGUCGCACUGAAGAGCUGAUCAACAUUGAGAAAAAACUCGAUUUCAAGACAAAGUCAGUGCCUGUGAUUUCACACUCUCGCUGGCUUCUGAAGAAGGGUGAAGUCCAGUCGAUGUCAGGACCCAAGAGCACCAGGACCAUGCGCAGCCGCAGACUUUAUCAACCCAUUUAUCUGUUUCUGUUCAAUAACCUGCUGCUCAUCACCAAACGCAGCUCCAGUGGAGAGAAGUACCAGGUUCUGGACUCGUGCAGUCGCUCCAUGCUGAGGACAGAAGACCUGGAAGAUCAAGGUCAGAUGCUGGCUUGCACAUUUGUGCUGAAACUGAUGGAGAACCAAGAAGACCGUGAAGUCAGCUACAUGCUCAAGACAGAAACCAUAAGCGACAAACUACGCUGGAUCUACGCUUUGACUCCAAACCGUCGCACAAGAUUCCUCUCAACCAGUGCACACCAACCAGAUUCUCCUCAGGUGCAGUGUAUCCAGUCGUACUCCUCACAGGAACCGGAUGAGCUCUCUGUGGAAAUGGCUGAUGUCCUUCACCUUCUGGAGUGCACGGAUGAUGGUUGGAUGUUUGGUGAGAGGUUGCAUGAUGGAGAAAGGGGUUGGUUUCCCAUCCGCGUGGUGGAGAGGAUUAUGAGCGCGGAGGUUCGAGCUCAAAACCUUAAAGAGUGUCAGCGGAUCCACCAAGCUCAGGAGGGAGCGCAGGGGUCCAGGGCCGCUUCUAGGGGGCGACGUGCGACCAAAAGUCCCCAGUACAACCCAAGCUGGACCGACUUGUAGUUACGGAGAAGGACAUGACAUCACAUCAACGUUACCAUUCGCUUAUUCCUGAUCCGGUAAACUGGAAACGAUGCCGUGUAGAUGUCAGGGUGGCAUUGGAUUGUACCAACAAAGAGUCAAUCUGUGUCCAGUUUUUAACCAAUACUUGUCCGGUGUCACAUUGAAGACUUGGUAGAGCCUUGAAAGAGCUUUUGCACUAUAAGCACUUGUGUAUUUGAAAUUGCUGCCUCCAUACAGUCCUAACACACUGUCGGCAUCAAGGAUUUCAACUUUGGCAAUCGCAUACGGGGACUUUGUGAAUGUUUGCACAUAAUGAGAUGAACCAAGAACAGGAAGGAGUGGAAAUCAAAGGUGGUAGAUGCUACAUCGGGACUUUUGUAAAGUCAUGCUUCUCUGGAUGAGGAAUGUAUGCAGGGUUACACCUUUACUGACAAUACAGGU